AUGAGCUUUGCACGAGCGUUACGCCGAGGCCGAAUUCUUUUCCCAUUGUUUCUCGGUGUUGUUCUCGUCUGGUGCCUGACAACACAGCUGGAGUUGGUGCAAAGAGCAUCUUCGUUCAAGGAUGUGCAAAUCGCAGACUCUUACCAUAUCAACGAGCAUAUCGAAUUUUGGACCGAAUUUCAGCCAUUACUUCUCGCCUUUGAGCCGCAAUGUCGUUCGCCUCAGCGUCUUGGAAAAGCGCCCCCAAUCGGGUUCACAAUGUCCGAUCCAGCUCCUCGACCCGAGCUUCUGAAAAUGUCCCCUCGAGAAAUUCUACACAUGAAGAGCGCUCACAGUGGCUUUGUCAAAGCCAUCAGUACAGACCCGCCCCGACUCAACUACACGGCAGGGACAAAAGGGCUGGUGACCACUGCAGGAGGUUCAUACCUGCCCGUCUUGGUGGUUUCGCUGCGUAUGCUGCGUCGGACAGGAUCGAGGUUGCCAGUGGAAGUUUUCCUCGCCACGCACGAGGAGCAUGAGGAGAAAAUAUGUGAUCAAGUCCUUCCCUCGCUGGGAGCCAGAUGCAUUGUCAUGACAGACAUCCUGAACGCGGCGCCCGGAACGGUCAAGAUCGAAAAGUAUCAGCUGAAGCCAUUCGCGAUGCUCUUUUCCUCGUUCGAAGAAAUUCUGUUCCUCGAUGCCGACGCUUUCCCUUUAUCGAAGCCAGAGUCCAUCUUUGAGAACGAGCCUUUCAAAAGCACGAAGAUGGUCACUUGGCCUGAUUUCUGGGCCUCAACCGCCUCGCCGUUGUACUAUCAAAUAUCAUCGCAGGAGGUCGUGUCUACCAACGCACGACAAUCGACAGAGUCUGGAGAGUUGCUCAUCUCCAAGAAGAGCCAUCUGAGGACUCUUUUGCUGUCCACGUAUUACAAUUUUUGGGGGCCUUCGCACUAUUACCGACUCCUCUCGCAGGGCGCACCAGGAGAAGGUGACAAGGAGACUUUCAUCACUGCUGCAGCUGCGCUGGGCGAGCCAUUCUACCAAGUCAGCGAGCCGCUUCGCGCCAUCGGCCAUCGCAAAGAAGGUGGACUGGCCGGAUCAGCAAUGGUGCAAUUUAACCCUGUCGAGGACUACAAGCUCACCCAACGAGGGCAAUGGCGCGUAAAGGGAGACCAAGCGGUAGCACCGAGGCCGUUUUUCAUCCACGCCAAUUUCCCCAAAUUCAACCCUGCGACAAUUUUCUCCAGCGAGAACGAGGUGAAGCCAGUUUUCAAUGACGACGGCUCCUUCACGCGGGCUUGGACAAUCCCUGAAGAGACAAUCCAGGCUUUUGGUCGUGAUGUGGAAAAGGAAUUUUGGGCAGACAUCCUUUGGACGGGAUGUGAUCUCGAGACGGAGUUUGAGACUUGGAAAACCAUGUCAGGAAUUUGCGAAGGAGUCAAGAAGUACUGGGAAUCUCAAUUUGGAUCAGAAAAUCCGGCUGAGGCAUAG